AUGGCGGACUUUCUGGUAGAAGUAGCGGGGGAUCUGGUCGAAGAUACGAACACACGGUGGAAGCUCCAUGUAGACGGAGCCUCCAACCAGACGUUCGGGGGUGCCGGGAUCAUCCUGGAAAGCCCAGCCGGAGUCGUAUACGAACAGUCAAUCAAGUUCGAUUUUCCCGUUUCAAACAAUCAAGCAGAGUACGAAGCCCUUAUAGGAGGCUUAACCUUAGCAGCGGAGGUCGGGGCAACAAGGUUGGAGAUAUGCAGCGAUUCGCAAAUCGUCACCUCCCAAGUAAACGGAAGUUAUCAAGCUAGGGACUCACUGCUACAGAAGUACUUGGAAAGAGUCAAAGACUUGAGCCAAAAGUUCGAAGAAGUCACGAUCCAGCACGUUCCGAGAGAGAGGAACACACGGGCAGACCUCUUGUCAAAGUUGGCUAGCACCAAACCGGGAGAGGGUAACCGGUCUCUAAUCCAAGGGAAGUUGAAGGAGCCGGCAGUCACUUUACACCUCUCGAACCUAAGCCCCUCCUGGUUGGAUCCCAUUAUCGACUUCUUAGAAAACAGCAAGCUCCCCGACAACGAAAAAGAUGCCAAAAAGUUAAGAAGGGAAGCCGCCAGAUACGCCAUCAUCCAGGGUCAGCUUUUCAGGAAGGGAUUCAAUCAUCCCCUACUGAAGUGUUUACAUCCCGACCAGACGGAUUACGUCCUUAGGGAGGUCCAUGAAGGAUGCUGCGGCCACCACAUAGGAGGCAAAGCCCUAGCGAGAAAGCUAAUUCGAGCCGGAUAUUACUGGCCAUCGAUGAUGGCUGACUCCAAGGAAUUCGUUAAGAAGUGUGUCAAGUGCCAAGAAAACGCCAACAUUCAUCACGCGCCGGCCUCUGAGCUCAGCUUGCUAACGGCCUCUCGACCAUUCUCGCAGUGGGGAGUCGAUCUCUUGGGACCUUUUCCCGUUGGCCCGGGACAAGUCAAGUACCUCAUAGUCGCUAUCGACUACUACACAAAAUGGAUAGAGGCCGAACCACUGGCCAGCAUAUCCUCGUCCAAUUGCAGGAAAUUCAUGUGGAGACAAGUCAUAACACGAUUCGUGUCUUUGCUACAAUGA